CCACGCAAAUUAAUUAGCCACACCUUUUUCAACCAGAAUCAUCAAAAGCAGUACAUGACAUGGCUGAGUCUACUGAAGGAGAAGAAGUGGCUGUUCCCAUUAGUAGAGUGACUGCAGAGCUACUGACUGGUCAGUCAAAGUCCAACGCAGUACAACUGAUUGAUUUUGAUUUAGCUAAGUGUUAUGGAGAUGAUAAGAAGAAUUCUCUAAUGUUGAUUUGUGGUAACUGCAAGUGUAAAGUCAUGAAACCGGGAACAGGAACUCUUAUUGACAAAGAAUUCUUUCUUCCCGAUAUGACAACAAAGUAUGCUAUUGGUACCGAACCUGCUGGAGAGACAAUAAAAGAUCACUGGCUUGUGGUGGAUAUGUUUCAUUUUGAGAAUGUUGGAUUCUCUCGAUCGGUUGAAGACCUUAAGUAUCUCAUAUGUGCUGAUUGUGAAGUCGGACCUAUUGGCUGGCACAAGACUGGAAACCCAAAUGAGUUUUAUAUUGCUUGCACCAGAGUCAAAUAUUCUCUCGAAUAAUUUUAUUAUUAAUUUUUGUUAUUAAUGGUUUUAUUAUCUUUAUGUAUUAAAUAUCA